AUGGAUGCAGCAUCGAACAGCUCCCCGGAAUCACCUCCCCGCCUGGUGAGGGCUAUCACGGACCACCCAACUGCUCAACGAUCAAAACGAAGUGCGAUAGCGAGUACAUCGAGAACGACUCUCGCGGUGCAACAGCGCGACGACGAACAGGAUGUCUACCAUGACGCUGAAGGAUACGCUGGACAAACAGUGGCAGCCAGCUCGUCUUCCGCCCGCAAAGGCCGAGCCAAUCGAACUCGAUCUCGCUCUGUCUCCUCCAACGCUGUGCCUGUGACACAGCUGGCUCGAUCCACUCUCUCACCUCUCCGAGCGGAACUCGAGAACGGUCUCGAUCGAGGUCCAGGCACUCCAGACUUUACGCUCUCUUCAAGCACGCCGCAAUGGCGAACGGCGGAAUUCGAACGUGAUAGAACCAUGUCCAGCCUUGGACAGGGUCUGCAGUUGAUAUCAGAAGCGGAGAGGACGGCUGGCCCAUCAUCGGGCGCUGCACAUCCACGUUCAGAUAGUGAUGCAUCUCAAUCAUCCAACUCUUCUGACUCGCACAAGAAGAAAAGCACUCCUUCUAGCACAUACAGUAAGCCAAGGUUAUCUACAUUGCGAUCCUUUUUCGCUUCGUUCUCGGCCAGCAACUCGGCCUCGAAUUCAGGCAACACACCAAACACGCCUCAGAGUGAGCAGCCGAGCUCAUCUGAAGAUGCAAGCUCGCAGUCUCAUCGGCUUCCUAUGCGUCCACAGCCGCUUGUCAUGCCAUCCGCACGUCCGGCUGCUCCCAACUGCUUGAUAGGUCUCAAUGAAGAUAGCCCGCCGCUUACGCCGACCAGCGAUCUCGACGAACAGAGCGAAUACCAGCAAUACCUCAAUGCCUUCCGUCAGCAAUUUAUACCGAAGCAAGCAAUUAGAUCUCACGGCCCUCCCAAGCAUCAAUGGAGCGCAGCUCAAGCAGCCGCUGAUGCAGCCGAUGAACGCAAUCGCAUCACACCACCCGGCUCAUCGCAAUGGCCGUUUACACCACCUCUCACCACCUCUAACGUCACCUCACCUGUUGCCAGCACAAGGACAUUCUCACCUGAAAUACGACCAGACUCGACUGUGGUCACUACAACGAGCGCCUAUCAGGGCAUCUUGCCUUCCCAUCUGGUCUCAGGUGCGGGCCCGGGGAGUCGCUCGACUACACCGACCUCAUCCACCACAACUUCUGCCUCCGAUCGACCAUCACGUGCAUACAACAUGCUCGAUGUCGACACGUACCGUAUAGAGAGCGCUGGAAAGACGCUGAUGGCCCUCAUGCCACGCAUCCAGAUCAACCUCAGCUCGUGGCGUCUUUCGAUUCCCAACCUGCGUCCGUACUUGCCUCGUCUCGCAUUCCUCUUUACGAUCUUUGCCGCUUCCACGUGUUGCAUCGUCUUCAUGCUCUCGACUCUCCCACUCGCUCUGCCUAAGCACAUCACCAGCCUCACGCUCACCGAGAUCAAGGAGCUCGCAAUGAGUCUGAAGCUGUACUCGCAGAGCAGCAACAAGGCUUUCGUGCACACUCUUGUCGUGCUUGGCACCUUCUUCACCUGGAAGCAAUCCUUCACAGUGCCAGGCAGUUUGAUCAUGAACGUCGUCUUUGGUGCAAUGUACGGAACGUACUCGGGCACGCUGUACACCUCGGUAUUGACCGCGGUUGGCGGUGUCUUCUGCUAUCUCCUUUCAGCUCCGCUUGCACCACUCGUCACGUCGCUGCCUGGCUUGGCCAAGCCUUUGGACGCAAUGCGACGUGCACUCUCGCCCGGUAGAGCCCGCGCAUCUGGUCGCAGCGUCAUGAUCUCCAACUCGAACGGCGAUUCAAAUGGCAAUGUAUGGACAUACCUUCUCUUGCUCCGAGUGCUGCCCAUCGUUCCGUACGGCCUAAUGAACAUCGCCUGCGGUGUACUUGGCGUUCCACUGGCUCCCUAUGCCGGUACGCUCGCAGUAGGAUCGAUCCCUUGGAAUUUCGUCACAUGCCAAGUCGGCGAUCUGUUGCAAGAGAUCGUCGAGGCUCUACCCGUCGAUGACGACAUGACAGUAUCCAGACUCAAAGACAAGGCCAAGAGCACUGCAGGAGGGGGCAUGCGAGCUAUCGUCGAUCGUAUUUGGAACCGCGAGAUGAUGGUCAAGCUGAUUUUGCUCAGUAUGGCCAGUCUCUUGCCAAUGCUGCUCAGUAGGUAUCUGAAGCACCGCCAGCGCCAGCAGGCGGAGGCUGAAGGGUAUCAAGCAGUUGGCGUUAAUGAAGGAGACGAGAUUGACGACGAAGAGUCCGACAGGCCUGGCUCUCGUCGUAGCUCAAUGCUGUUGAACGGCAGCGACAGCAAGAUUCUCCCAACAGAGACCGUCGAGCUCAACAAUAUACUUGGAGGAGGAAGAGCAGUAGACACUGGCUAUAGCCAUGCGGGUGCAAGCGUUGGUCGCAACAGCAGUAUCAGGAGCGCUUGGCUGUGA